UCUAUACUUCAUUGUCAACACCGCCGCCACUGCACCGAUUCUUCUUGAGAAGAAGAUCUGAAGAUGAAGCAAACCCGUAGCAGCCUCCUUGCAGAUGAUGAAGAUCGCCCGAGAUGGUUGAAGAAGCGCAGAUGCGAUCUCCACCAAUGGAGUGAUUUGCCAUCGGAGCUGACCGAGGAUAUUGCAAGCAGGCUGCUUGGGUACGAUGUGGCAGAGUACCUUCGCUUCCGCGCCGUCUGCAAGGCGUGGAGGGAGUGCACCCCCCACCCGCGCGAACUCGACAGCCGCUUCCGCCCGCGCCGCUGGAUCCUCCUCUCCUCCACCUCCGGCGACAUGCGGUGCCGCUUCCUCAACAUCGCCACCGGCGCCUGCAUCCAGGUCGACCUCCCGGAGGAGCUCGCCGCCGGCGGCCAGAUCCAGAUCGAGUGCAGGACCGAGGGCCUCCUGGUCCUUCGCGACAAGGUGACCGACGCCAUUCGACUCCUCAAUCCCCUCACAAAAGCCGUCACCGAUCUCCCACCCAUCACCGCCGCCAUGGCAAACGUGAUCCCUGAGAAACGUGUCCAUGCCGAGAUCCCGUGGUCGCUGAUUGCCUACGCCGGCAUCUCCGACGAGACCUCCCCACCGACCGUCGCUAUUUUCCUGAGAGACAUGCGGUUAAACAUCGCGUACGCCAAGGCCGGCGACCGCCAUUGGAAGCUCCUCGACGACAAAGCUUGGUCGACCUUCCCAAGCAGCAUCAGCCGUAGCGACGGCCAACAACUCCGGUAUGUCAACUACCUGUCCGUGGUGACGCUCCGUGGCCGCAUCUACUUGGUGACAUACCAAGGUAACAUAUUGAAGCUAAGCAUUCGUCCUAGGCCCCAGCUGAUACCCAUCGUCAAGGACCAGACCAAACAUUCGAUGUGGCACGGCCGAGUUCUGUGCCCCAACGUGGUCUCCUACCUUGUGCCGCCCAACGACGACGAUCACCGUAUGCUCAUGGUGCGCUAUUACGGCGACCUCACCCACCUCACAGAUCACGAGCAGAGGUGCAUCAAGCGAAGGAAGAAGAACGACUUGAUCAAGCUGCCCAGCAAAAAUCCAUGCCGGUACAAUUGGCGAAUACUGCAGGUGUUCGAGGUGGACAUCGUCAGGAAGAAGCUGGUACGCGUGGACGGCAUCGCCGACGACCGGGCGGUGUUCGUCGGCGAUGUGGCGUGCGUCUCGCUCUCUAUCGACAGGUUCCCUUCCAUCCUUGGCAACACGGUGUAUCUUGGGAUGAACAGCUGCUGCGCUGUGGGCUUUGGCUUGUGCCACCUCAAGGACCGGACUGUUGAGCCGCGGCUCGAGCAUGUCCUCGAAAGUGGGCGCAAGGCGCCACUCCUUGUUGAUAUCAGCCUCUUCCACCUAGGAAGGAUUGUGCCCUUUGCACGCCCCUGCACUCUUGAAGAGUACCUUGUAUGCAGCGUCGGCUUCAAGAACGGGAUCAAAGAUUGAUAUUAUUGUCAAAGCCUCACUGCUAGCUGAUGCUAAUUAAGAAGCUUAUUACUACCACUACUAUUUAUUGUUAGUAAGUGUAGUUGGUUAAUUUACUCUUUGUAUGUAUGGCUGACUUUGAUAUGGUUUUAGAUUGUAAUCUUAUUUAUCAGCCACUUGGUUUGAAUAUUUAUGUCCCUCCACAAGUCAGUCCAUCAAUUGUUGUCCUUAAUUUGCAUCUUUGGUAACAGUCGGAUGAUGGAUACUAUCAGCUUUGAUUAAAAAACCAACAGUAUGUAACUUGUUCCAACCUGUCAUCAUUGUCCUCAAUUUUUUUGUCAGACUUACAUUUAUUUAUAUAAUCAACGUUUGCUUCUUUA